AGUGAUGGGGGAUGGGCGAUAUUGGAGACAAGAAGCAGAGAGGAGGGGUGAUGUUGUAAAUCACACGACUGCAUGAUUAUUAUUAUGUAUACGCAGAAGGACACUGUCAUGCAGCAUCUCUCUCAGCGCUGACUCUGCAAAGCUCUGAUUUUUCUUCGCGCAGUGAGGAUGCAGGUGAACACAUGAGCAAGGGCAGAGAGAUACAGUGAGAAAAUGCAGCAUCCGUCAAGACGUUGUUGUUCUACAGUGUAUGCAUGAUGCUGGAGCAGCAUGUGCUGUUGUCAUUUGAACUACGUCUAAAGUGAGUGUAAAUAGAGCAGCUGGAAUGGCAGGCGCUGAGCUCUGACCAGAUGUCAACACAAUCCCAUGCUGCACUGCUCACAGAAUGGACUCCAACGGUGAUGGCAAAGAGGAAUGGACAGAGGAGCAAUGGGAGAAAUGGUUGACCCAGGACAUAGGUUUGGAUGGGUUUGAAGAUGAGGACCUGUCUGAAAUCACAGAAAUCGCUGAUGAGUUUGUAAUGAGGCCCAGGCGCAAUGACUCUGACAUCAAGGAUCAUGUGAUCCAGACACACAAUAGUGGCCUGGAGAAGGUGGAGGCAGGCGCAGCGGGUCAGAUCCAGGCAGAGACACAUCCCUCACAUCUCACUGAUGCUGCUGAUAGGAGCCAAAGAGUGGCUUGUCGACACGACGGCAAAGCGUCGAUGGAUUCUGCCGUUCCUGUCAGCAUGGAUGCCUACCGUCCCAAAAGACCCACCACUCUCAACUUAUUCCCACAGGUGCCGCGGACUCAGGACACUUUAAACAACAACUCGUUUGCGAAGAAGUACAGCUGGCAGCAGAAAAUCUCCCAGACCUUGCCACCGCUUAAGUCAGGUGAGCUGGCGCCUUCUCGUGAACACACGUGUCUGAGCGACGAGGAGAAGCACCAGCCGGGACAGAGUCGGACUCAAAUGAAAGACUGCGGCACCUCGACCGACAAACCCAACAGUUGCCCCUCCAAACACACUCAAGCUCCUGCUCCACCUUACAAAGCCAGAGACGUGCACAGAGAAGCGGGCCACUGCGAGCGCAUCCGUUAUCACACAGACGUCCGGCUUGAGCCUACAGAGGAGAUCUUUCUGACGCCCAUACAGCGCUGCACUGAGGCUCCGGAGCAGGAGAUAACACCAGCGCUCUCCCAAGUGAUCGCAGACAGCUCUGACAACGAAGCUCCCCCUCCGUACAGCGAACAGGAUCUGCAGCCGCCGUCCUAUUCCUCCUGUGUGGAGGCUUUGGCUGCUGUGGAGCCUGACAGUGAAGAAGAAGAAGCAGCUGGAGCUGAAGAUCUGUGUUACAGAGACUGCGGUGCUGGAGAGGGUUUGUCGGGAACGCUGCAGACUUCCAUGAGCAACUCGGACGCCAGCGGACUUUCGUACGAUUCGGUCAAAUACACGCUGGUGGUGGACGAGCACGAUCAGCUGGAGCUGGUCAGCUUGAAAGAGUGUUAUCACGGAUACAGUGAUGACAGCGACUCGGCCACCGUCUACGAUAACUGUGUCUCCUCUCCAUACGAGUCGGCUCUUGAGAAAGAGGAUGAGGAGGAUGAAGGAAGACAAAGCGGGAUCAAACAGAGUCUGUCAGAGGACUCCACACCUGAAGCCGACAUGCAGUUUUCUCGGAAAUUCCUUAAUGUUUUCAUGAACGGCUGCUCACGCUCCUCCAGUACAGAAUCCUUUGGCUUGUUUUCCUGCAUAAUUAACGGAGAAGAGAGAGAACAGACGCACAGAGCCGUCUACAGGUUUGUCCCUCGUCAUGAUGACGAGCUGGAGCUGGAGGUCAACGACCCUCUGCUGGUGGAGCUGCAGGACGAGGAUCACUGGUACGAGGGCUACAACAUGAGAAGCGGCGCACGCGGCAUCUUUCCCGCUUAUUACGCCUCUGAGGUCUUCAAGGAGCAAGAGCUCACUUCAAACGUGAAAAGUACUGAAUGGAUGGAGAAAUAUAGCAUGAAAUUUCUCGGCUCGGUUCAAGUGCUGAAUCACAAAGGCAAUGAUGUUUUGUGUGCAGCUAUGCAAAAGAUUGCGAUGAACAGGAGACUGACUGUACUGUACAAUCCUCCCUCGUCCUGUGUCCUGGAGAUCAACGUGAAGGGACUGAAACUCACGGUGCAGGAUGACUUCAGCAUGAGCAGCCAAUACAGUCACUUCUUCCACUUAAAAAAUGUCUCAUUCUGUGGCUACCAUCCCAGAAACAAGAAGUAUUUUGGCUUCAUCACCAAACACCCAGCUGAUGAGAGGUUCGCCUGUCAUGUCUUUGUGUCAGAGAGCUCCACUAAACCGCUCGCAGAGUCCGUCAGGAAAGCUUUCCAUUUGUACUAUAAAGAGUUUGUGGAGGUCUCGUGUCCAACGGAAGACAUCUACCUGGAAUAAUAACUACAACACAGCAGUGUAUAUUACCACUACGCUACAUGAAUAUAUGAGAAAUAAUAAUAUCAAAGACUAAUAUAUCUGACAAAUGAAAUGAAGAGUGACUGACUGAGGCUUGUAACGUGAUGCACAUGACCUGAUUUUGUGUUGCAUUUCACCAGACUGAUGCACAGAAGAAGAAAUGUACAGUAUAAAAUGCUAAAAUUAUUUUCCAGAUAUUGAGGAUUUUGGAUGCUUUGGAUGAGGCUUUCAUCCGUUUCGCUGCUCUUGCUGCUGCGCGUCAGGCUUUAUAGAGGAUAUUUUUUAUCGCACAAAACCAUGCAUUCUCAUAAAAUAUUAGUAAAACUUAUUAACGGUGACCAGUUUAAUGAGACGAACGAAUCUGUUAUCCCAGCUGCUUGUGAUGAUGUCUUGUUGUCUGUAGCGUUUUACAGGUGUACCAGCAUAAUUCACUCCUAAAACCUUCCUGUAAAGUGAACUCCUUCAGUAUUAUUCAUUUGAAACUGUAAAAUAGGACUCCUUUGUUAUCAGUUCCUCACCAAAUGAAAGCCAGAUCUAUAAAUAGCUAUCAAAGAAAUUUGAUCAUAUUAAUAGAAGUCAAUGACAGCUGAAUCAGAAGAUGUUUUAGGACCUUCAGGACUUUUUGGAUCACGACAUUCCCUCUUAUAAGUGCAAUGGUAAUGGAUAACACAAUAAUAAUAAUAAUAAUAAUAAUAAUAAAUAUCAGUGCCAUGGAGUUCCUGUAAAUGACUUUGGAAGAGCUGCAUUUGGCUUGGUUUUAAUGAACUCCUGUGAAAGCAAGACCUUAUUACAUCCGUCUGAACAAAUGAUGUGCUUAUUAAAGGCUUGUUCAAGGAA